AUUCUAUGUGAUCUAUUUUACAUUACAAUCUAAAUGAGCGUUUACCUCCCAAUGACUUAGGUCUGUGCUUCAAUCAAAUCUGACAGCCAAAAUGACAUCGGGAAUUUUGAUUCAGUCAUUUGAACACCGUACUGCGUCAAAUAAUUAAUUUGCUGAUAAACAUCUUUAGUUAAUCGUUGACAACAGUGAUUAACGACAGAAAAAAACAGUGUAGGUAGCCGCGUGUGUGUGUUUGUGUUGCAUUCAGGCGCAAAGUCCAGACCACUUUAACAAGGUCGUUCCCCCACACUAUUCCCACACCGAGUCCGUUACACCUGCAGUUCGCUCCUCCUUCACUGAACAGGUAUUUGCAUUGAACACGGAAACAAAACCUAAUUCAACGAAAGUCGCUCGGGGGAUUUACUGGUGAUGAACGACCAUGGGCAACGGGUUGAACAAAACACUCGACAGAUGGGGUGCAAAUCCUCGGAAAUUAAACAAGAAGAGAAAAGGUGAUCCAGUGGAGCCUCAGGAACAGGUCCCAGACGUCCAUAUAUAUGACGAUGUUCCUGACGAGGGCCAGAGGCAGAGACAGGACUCUGACGGAAUUCUCUAUGCAGACCUGCAGCUGAGGCCCCACCCAGCCGCCAGCGGAGGGAGGAAGUUUCCGCGCCCCUCAGAUGAGCAGCAUACAGAAUAUGCCUCCGUAAACUUUACUCCCAGGGGCGAGAAGCUCAACCAAAAACUAACCAGCCUGCAGCGCCAGUUCAGCCCCUCGCCUGUGAAGCCCUCAUCCCUGCCCGCCGACAUCCUCAUCCCCCCUGGUGCUCUGAAAACACCCAAACGCCAACAACAACCGAGCCCCAGCAGCCCCCGCCCCACACACACCACCCAACACAAACCAGUUGUGGUGUAGAAUUGACCAACACACACAGAGACUUUUUCUAUCUACAACUUUUUUUAUAUAACUUUAAGGACCUCACCCAUGAUUGCUAGAUGAUUGAAUGGUUUACUCUAUUUAUCCAACUUCUUAUAUUCAGUUGUGUGACAGAAUGAAUCUUGAUAUUCAUAAUUUUUUGUGUUAAAUCUUUAAUUUGACUAUUUAUGUGUAUAACAUUAUAUCAAAUAACUCCAUGUUGUAUU